AUUAUCCCCCAACUCACCGCCUUAUACGAGUCACCAGUGAAUGUCUGCGUCAUGUCUGCGUCUCCUCACUCUCUCGCUCUUCAUAUUAGGUCAAUGCAACGUGACAGCUGCUCAGAAUGGAGUCGACGAUGAGGUGACCACGGUGACGGCGAUAUUGGAUUCGGCGACAACGGCUGCUGCGGACAAUUCUACAGUUCCGACCCAAUCAGCGAGCAACAACAACACAAGUCAGAGCUCGAAAAUUCCAACGAUUUUUGGAAUGAGAGUCGAACUUCCAGCUGACGAUCCGUUUGGUUAUGACAAACACGGCGUCUGUUCAGUAACUCCAGAAGAAGAGUUCAAAGUGGUAAUCUAUGGAAAUCAUUUGGACAAAAUCCACCAAAUCAUCUGGACAUUUACGAAUAACUGCUCGGAGCCAGCCUACGUCAUCGACGCGCUGAACCAUUUCAAAGUGCACUUCAACCAUAAAGCCACGUUUCAUUUGACUUUGAAGCUUCUUCCAGAAAUGGUUCAUGCCUAUAAAAUGUGUGUGAAACCGAAGGUUGCACCAGGAUCACCGCCGCUCGGGGAAAUUUAUCCGCUCGACGACAUCUCCACGUGGCUCACCACAGAACGUCCACCGAAAGAAUAUUUCCUUCCACUUCCACUUCAAAUUGCAUGCAUUGGAUUCCUUCUCUGUCUAUCUGCACUUUUCUCAGGAUUGACAUUGGGCUUAAUGUCCCUGACACCCCAAGAACUGGAGCUUGUCAUUAAAUCUGGAGCCAUAAAAGAACAAAAGUGUGCAGCAAAGAUCUUGCCGGUCCGAAAGAAAGGAAACCUUUUGCUAUGCUCACUUUUACUGGGAAAUGUCAUUGUAAACUCGGCGAUUUCUAUUUUAAUGGGUGAAUUGACGACUGGAAUCUAUGCACUUAUUGGUUCAACUAUGGGAAUUGUCAUUUUCGGAGAGAUUUUGCCACAGAGUAUUUGUGUCAAGAAAGGUCUUGAAGUUGGAGCCCACACUAUUUCAAUCACCCAGCUCUUCAUUUUCCUGACUUUUCCAAUUGCAUGGCCGGUAUCGAAAUUGUUGGAUUGCUUGUUAGGCGAUGAAUAUCAAGCCUACGACAGAAAACGUCUGAUGGAGCUCAUUAAAAUGUCGAUAACCGAUAAUGGACAGGUCUCAAAUGAGCUGAAAAUUGCAGUUGGAGCCAUGGAAAUUGCGGAUAAAGUCGUGAAAGAUGUGAUGACAAAGAUAGAAGAUGUAUUUAUGCUCCCCGACACGACAGUUCUCAACGCAAAAACUGUAAUGGAAAUCGUGAAAAUGGGUUACACUCGGAUACCAGUUUAUCAGUAUGGUGAUAAAAAUAACGUGACUGAUAUGCUUUUUGUCAAAGAUUUGGCAUUGCUGGAUCCGGAUGACAAUUUUACAGUGAAAACUGUUUGUGGAUAUCAUAAGCAUCCGGUGAAAUUUGUGAUGAACGAUACUCCACUUCCAAAUCUAUUAGAAGCAUUUAAAAAGGGAGAAGGACAUUUGGCUAUGGUUAAGAGGUUGAUUAAUACUGAUGAUAAACAUGAUCCCAGUUAUGUACUUGUUGGAGUUGUCACUUUGGAGGAUAUUGUUGAGGAAAUUUUGCAGGCAGAAAUCAACGACGAAUUCGACAUUGUGUCGGAUAAUGUGAAUAAAGUGAAAAUCAAGAAAGAACAGAAUAGAGAUGCAACAAAAUAUUUCGGGGAUCACGAAGCUCCGCAGACCAUGAUUUCUAUGCAGCUCCAAAUGGUUGCUCUCCAAUGGUUAGUGUCAAACGAAAGAGGUUUCCGUCAAGAAUUCCUCGACACAAAUGUAUUGGAACGUCUAAUCAGAAGUAGUGCCCGACGUGUCGAUGUCUCCGCAUUAAUGGCAAUGGGUGAUGACGCAAUAAAUGUGCCACGUCUUGCAAAAGUGUAUACAAAAGAUGAGCUAAGCGACAAGUACAUACUAAUAUUAGAGGGACGGAUUCAAGUAACAAUUGGUGCAAGUGGUAUGAUGUUUGAAGCAGGUCCAUGGCAUCAUUUUGGUGGCGAGAUUAUGGCAAAAUUAGUCGAUGGUGCAGCUACCCUUGGAAGAAGCAUGAGCAUUGUGGGAACAUCUGAAUUAUCGGCUCGACGGCCUGAUUUGAUGUUUAAGCCGGACUAUUCAGCAGUUGUUAAAGAGGAUUGCACUUAUUUGGAGAUUUCUGUUUCGGCCUAUAUUAAUGCAUACAAGGCGUCGCUUAUGCAACGGGAACGGCCUUUAAACGACCUAUCAGACGUAUCACACAACUCAUCUGCCCAUAAUUCAAACCUGUCACUUGUCGAAAAACCAGGACCAAUAACGGAUCCAUCGGCAAUGCUUGUACCAGAAAAUGUACGAAAACCAUCAGUAGUCUCCAUGGAUUCACCAAAAAUUCUGGUUGGAUUAGGACAACAUCCAGUGGCACCCGUUGCUGAAGAGGAAGAAAUGGCACUACUCGACCAACCAUGAUAACACCAGCAACAUCUAUAGGAAAUUUGUUUUUACUCCAGUUUUUUUUUUCAAUUUUCUCAAUUUUAAAAAUAUUUAUCGGUAUCCAAACAUGCUCAAUAACGAGUCACUUACCUGAAAUUAGAUUUGUUGUAGUUUUUUUUCUAGAUUUUUCAAAUGUUUCAGAUCUCAUUUUCCAAUAUAUCUACCGAUUCCGUUCUGAAAAUUUAUACUUUCUGUCUCCCCGUGUGCCUUUAACCCGAAUUUCUUGUUUGCGAAUAUUGAAAAUAAACGCAUUUACUU